CGGAGGCGCGCCAACAUGGCGGCGGGGGGCGGCGGCGGCCGGGGGAGCAGCAGCAGCGGCAGCGGCGGCGGGCCCAGGAUGGGGGGCAGGAUGGGGGGAGCGGCGCCCCCCGCCUCGGAGAAGCUCCCCGUCCACGUGGAAGAUGCCCUCUCUUACCUGGAUCAGGUGAAGAUCCGCUUUGGCAGCGACCCGGCCACCUACAACGGAUUCCUGGAGAUCAUGAAAGAAUUCAAGAGCCAGAGCAUCGACACCCCCGGCGUCAUCCGCCGUGUCUCGCAGCUGUUCCACGAGCACCCUGACCUCAUCAUCGGCUUCAACGCCUUCCUGCCUCUGGGCUACCGGAUCGAGAUCCCCAAGAACGGGAAGCUGAGCAUCCAGGCGCCUCUGGCCGGCCAGGUGUCCCUGGACCCCGUCCAAAGCCCCCUCUCGGGCUCCGGCCUCAUCCUGCACUACUGCCAGGAGAACGCCCACAACCACGGCGACUGCCCGGAGGACUUCUGUCACCAGCAGCCCCAGCAGCAGCAGCAGCAACAACAGCCCUGCAAGGACGACUGCCGGCUGCAGGUGCCUCUGGAGUCGGACUCGGUGGAGUUCAACAACGCCAUCAGCUACGUCAAUAAGAUCAAGACCCGCUUUCUGGACCACCCCGAGAUCUACCGGUCUUUCCUGGAGAUCCUUCACACGUACCAGAAAGAACAGCUGAGCACCAAAGGCCGCCCCUUCCGGGGCAUGUCGGAGGAGGAGGUCUUCACCGAAGUGGCCAACCUCUUCCGGGGCCAAGAGGACCUGCUCUCUGAAUUCGGACAGUUCCUCCCUGAGGCAAAGAGGUCUCUGUUCACGGGGAACGGGCCCUGCGACGCCAACAACAUCUCCAAACUUGAGCAUGAGAAGCACGUGGAGCACAGUAAGAAACGUUCCAGGCCCCUGUUGCUGCGAUCCGUGCCCGGCCCGGCCAAGAAGAAGAUGAAGCUUCGGGGGACGAAGGACCUCUCAGUGGCCGCGGUGGGCAAGUACGGCAGCCUGCAGGAGUUCUCCUUCUUCGACAAGGUGCGGCGAGUCCUGAAGAGCCAGGAGGUGUACGAGAACUUCCUUCGGUGCAUCGCCCUCUUCAACCAGGAGCUGGUCUCGGGCUCCGAGCUUCUCCAGCUGGUCACCCCCUUUCUGGGGAAAUUCCCGGAGCUCUUUGCUCAGUUCAAGUCCUUCCUGGGCGUGAAGGAGCUGUCCUUCGCCUCCCCCAUGUCGGACCGCUCGGGGGACGGCGUCUGCCGUGAGAUCGACUACGCCUCCUGCAAGCGCAUCGGCUCCAGCUACCGGGCGCUGCCCAAGACCUAUCAGCAGCCCAAGUGCAGCGGCAGGACGGCCAUCUGCAAAGAGGUGCUGAACGACACCUGGGUCUCCUUCCCCUCCUGGUCCGAGGACUCCACCUUCGUCAGCUCCAAGAAGACCCCCUACGAGGAGCAGCUGCACCGCUGCGAGGACGAACGCUUUGAGCUGGACGUGGUCCUGGAGACGAACCUGGCCACGAUCCGGGUGCUGGAGAGCGUGCAGAAGAAGCUGAGCCGCAUGUCGCUGGAGGACCAGGAGAAGUUCCGCCUGGACGACUGCCUGGGGGGCACCUCCGAGGUCAUCCAGAGGCGCGCCAUCUACCGCAUCUACGGCGACAAAGCGCCCGAGAUCAUCGAGAGCCUCAAGAAGAACCCGCUCUCGGCCGUCCCCAUCGUCCUCAAGAGGCUGAAGGCGAAGGAGGAGGAGUGGCGGGAGGCCCAGCAGGGCUUCAACAAGAUCUGGCGGGAGCAGUACGAGAAGGCCUACCUGAAGUCCCUCGACCACCAAGCCGUCAACUUCAAGCAGAACGACACCAAGGCCCUGCGCUCCAAGAGCCUCCUCAACGAGAUCGAGAGCGUCUACGACGAGCACCAGGAGCAGCACUCUGAGGGACGGGGCGCCCUGAACGAGCCGCACCUCAUCUUCGUCUACGAGGACCAGCAGAUCUUGGAGGACGCGGCCGCCCUGGUGGGCUACUACGUCAAGCGCCAGCCCACCAUCCAAAAGGAGGACCAAGCCACCAUCUGGCAGAUCGUCCACCGCUUCGUCCCUGACCUCUUCUUCUCCCAACCCCCCGGCCACGACCCCCCGCCCCCCGCCCCGGAAGAGGCGCCUGAGGCCGGCAAGGCCAGCCCCAAGCGGCCCCCUGCCCCUGCCCCUCCGCCGGACGCCCGCGACUUGCGCAAAAGGGCUCCCCCGGCAGAGGACAAGCCGCUGCCCCCUUCCGCCACCGCCCCGGAGGCAGCCCACGAGCUGCGGAAAAGGACGCCCCCCGCCGACGAGAAGCCCCCCGCCCCGGAGGGGCACGAGCUGCGCAAGAGGAACCCCCCUGCGCUCGCCAGGGAGAAGGGCGGCGGCGGCUCGGAGGGUGCGGCGACGGCCUCUCCCCCCACCCCGGCAGCCCCUUCCCCGGCCCGGCCGCGCCGCUCUCUGGACAACGUCUACGCGCUGUUUUUCGCCAACAACAACUGGUACUUCUUCUUGCGGCUGCACCAGACGCUCUGCUCUCGGCUGCUCAAGAUCUACCGGCAGGCGCAGAAGCAGCUCCUGGAGUUCCGGGCGGAGAAGGAAAGGGAGAAACUGCUCUGCGACGGCCGCAAGGAGAGGGCCAACGACCCGGCCAUGGAGCUGCGCCUCAAGCAGCCCAGCGAAGUGGAGCUGGAGGAGUACUACCCGGCCUUCCUGGACCUGGUGCGAAACCUGCUGGACGGCAACAUCGACCCCACCCAGUACGAGGACACCCUGCGGGAAAUGUUCACCAUCCACGCCUACGUCGGCUUCACCAUGGACAAACUGGUGCAGAACAUCGUCCGGCAGCUGCACCACCUGGUGAGCGACGACGUCUGCCUGAAGGUGGUGGAGCUCUACCUGGGCGAGCGGAAGCGAGGGGCGGCCGGCGGCAACCUGUCCUCCCAGUGCGUCCGGGCGGCCAAGGAGACCAGCUACCAGUGGAAGGCAGAGCGGUGCAUGGCGGACGAGAAUUGCUUCAAGGUGAUGUUCCUUCAGCGGAAGGACCAAGUGAUCAUGACCAUCGAGCUGCUGGAUACGGAGGAGACCCAGACAGAAGACCCCCUGGAAGUCCAGCACUUGGCGAACUAUGUUGAACAGUACGUGGGAGUCGAAGGGACCCCCAGCGGCCAGAACGAAGGCUUCCUUCUGAAACCCGUCUUCCUGCAGAGGAACUUGAAGCAGUUCCGGCGCUGGCAGUGCGCCCAGGUGCAGGCCGCCCGAGACAAGGCCCGGGGCUCCUGGAAGCAGCUGGUCGGGGUGGAGAGCGCCUGCAACGUGGACUGCAAGUUCAAGCUCAACACGCACCGAAUGCUCUUCGUCAUGAACGCCGAGGAUUACAUGUACCGGCGGGGGGCCCUGGGCCGUGCCAGGCAGGCGCAGCCGUCGGUCUUGCUGCGCUACCACCGGCGCUUUGAGGCCUGGCACCUGGGCUGGCUGAGCCGGCACGCCGGGCGCGAGGCCUCGGAGCUGGUCCAGGACUGGCUGAUGGGCGACGACGACGAGGACCUGCUGCCCUGCAAGACCACCUGCGAGACGGUCAGCGUCCAUGGCGUCCCCGUCAACCGCUACCGCGUCCAGUACAGCCGCCAGCCGGCCUCCCCCUGAACCCCUUUUCUCCCUCCUUCCCUCUGGCCGGGGGGGGGGGAACGGUGGGUGUCCUGUAGCCAGCCCACCCCUGGUAUUUAUCCAACCAGCGGUCUUUUUUGCGGGGGGCAAAGUGUCAUUUUCUCCGUUUGGUUUCUGACUUUGGGGGGUGGGGGGUGGCUUGUUUGGGGCGCCCUCUCCGUGUGGCACGGGACGGACUUGGGGGGGGUCUUCCCAGAGCUCUCCAGGCCUCGGACUGCUUUGUUUUGGCCUGGGAGGGGGGGCAAGGAUGUGAACAGCAAGGAGGGACCCAGGAGACUGUUUCGGAUGCCCUCCCUACGUGGCACGGGGGGGUGCGGGGGUUUGGCAAUGCCCAGAGCUCUCCAGGCCCCAGAUGGGGACCCAGGAGAUAAAGCUCAGAGCCCCCACCACCACCGCCAGGCCUUUCUCCCGACCCCCCCACCCCAACUCCAUCAGUCACUGUGCGGUGAACACUUCCUAUCGCCCAAACGCGAGGCCUUGUGAGAAGCAAGGGGGGCUUUCCUUUCUAAGCCCCCCCUUCCCGCCCCAUGGACUGCGUGGCCUUUUUGGUGCAAAGAAUAAAAGCUGUCCUCUUGUGUGCGGUUGGGGAGGGCAGGUGGCCCAGCCCACCUGGAGGGGGGGGCGUCUCCUGCCGUGGGCAC